GCACGCCAAAGAGUGUGUGAAGCUGCUGGUGGACGCCAUGCGGAAGGCGUCGAACGAGGACUUGGCAUCAGAAGCCGCGUGGGCUUUGAACAAGCUACUGCACCGCUGUAACUCCGCUUCAGCCUGGGCUUUGGCUGCCGGCGGCUUGGAGGCCGUGCAGCGGUGCCUGACCUUUCAAAAUAGCGUCGAGGACCUGCAGUGCUACGCUUGGCUCGCCCGGUCCAUCGGCGGCUGCAGGGGACUCCUCGGAUUUCUAGAGCAGGCGCCCAAGUUUUUCGUGGCACGCCUUAUUUGGGUGCUCCAUGACGAGCGCUGUUGGCGAGACCAGCAUGGCGAAGAAGUGCCAGAGGCGCCCGAGCUUCUGAAAGUCGCCGCGCAGCAUCUCCUUGCUGCAUGCAAAUCGGGCGACGAGGACGUCAUCCACGCCGGCGUGGCCUUGCUGGAGGACAUGACCUCGCACCAGCACAAUAUCGCCUUCCGCCUUCUGGGAGACGGCGGUGGCCAGAUCUUCACGCAAAUUCUCCAGGUCUUCCUCCGGGGGCAGUCGGAGAGAGCGCGGGCCACCGCCGAGCGCUGCGCUCGGGCUCUCGGCUCUUUGGCUCGUGUGGGGAGGGCCAAUGCCAAGGAGCUCUUGGUUUCGCAAGGAGCCGCCGAAGCCCUAAAGGCUGCCUGCAUGGCAGGUGGUGCCGCUGGGGAGCAAUCGGCGUCAUCCCUGGUUUCCCUGCUGAGUCUGCAGGAGGUGCCCGGCCUCCUUGGCCAGCUGACGCAGUUGGAGGCCUCACAGGCCGCUGCCAAGCGGCUUCGCUCAGCGCUGGCUGCCGCCGAUCGGGCCGUCCACGAGGCGGAAGACGACCAGGUUGAGCUCAUCCCACCGCUCAUGGAGCGUCUCCUGGAGAUUCAGAUGACCCUGGAGCAGGCUGGCCGGUUCGGUGGUUGCCAGGAGAAGUGUUGUGACGCCCUUUGCAGUGCCACACGCCGCAUCAUUUGGCAUUUCCAACCCGGCCAGUCAGAGGUCUUGGACAAGACGGUUGGUAUUUUCGUGAACCAGAUGAAGCAG